UCGGGGACCGACGGAAGUGAUGCAGAUCGUGUUCCUCGAGCAGCUAAUCCGUCUUGAUGAUGCAAAAUGUCUGUAAAUCUGAUCACCGGGACAAACAUGGUGAUGCUUAUUUAAAACUCACCUUUUUAUUAACCUUUAGUUUUUUUCCCCCCCCUGUUUCGCGCGGGCCGACAUGGAUCCGUCCAGGAGGAGCGAGAGCGACUGGCAGGGGCUGGUCAACGAGGUGAGACUGGAAAGAACCUGAGAGAGGAUACAGUGUAAAGUCUCUAACCUCCACUGAGGUUGUGCAUCAAACUAUUACAUUAGCGGUGUCCUUCUGUGCGUUACCGACCCUGUUUGGAGCUUGUAGGAAUAAACCUGGAAGCUGCUUUCAUGGUUUCCUCAGCAUUUAGGGAAUGCAGAUAAGGAAGUAGGUUUUUCUCUCUCUUUUUUUUUUUUCCUUGUGUCUGCAGAGUGUCAAACAAUAUGCCCGACGCUGCAGGUGUAUUGACUUUUCACCGGUUGAUAUACUGUCAGUGGUUAUUGCUGAUAAUCUGUCGCAAUCAAUACAUUUGAUGGCAGCUCAUGAGGAGUUUAUGAUGACCACUCAUGUCCAUGUUUUACACAGAUUCAGUAGUAAAAGUGAAUAUUAUUAUAUCAGUAAUAUUUGUUUAUUUGUGACUAAUAUUGCUGUUUGAAGCAUGAUACAAGUUUCCUACCGCUCUAGCAGGUAAUUAAAUGGUUAAUCAAUUAGUGGAUCAGCAGAAAAUCUAUUGACAGGAGCCCUGAUAAUUGAUUAAUCCUUUAAUUAAUUUAUCCACCGAAAAGGCCAACCUCUCACUCCUUUCAGCUUCUCAAAUGUCAGGAUCUGUUGUUUUUCUCUGAUUUAUUCGCUCUGGGAAAUGGUGGCAUUUUUCACUGUUUUUCCAACAUUUAACAGGUUAAUCAAGAAUGAAAACAGUCAUUAGUUGCAGCCCUAAACAGGAUCAUGAUAAUAAUCAACAUCAGAGGGUCUAAUGUGCUUAUUGUGACAUAGAUGAUUCUCCAUGUUGGCUGCACUGCUUCAUUAUCUUCUUUAGUAAACAUUAAAUUAAUAUAAAGUUUUUGGCUUUAGGAGAUGACACUGCCUACCUUUCCAGUAUCAUUCAAUAUCCAUGCAACGAUGCCUUUUAACUUUUUCCUUCAGAAACAUUUGUUCUUACUUGCAGUUCCUAAUUUGUAAGCGGAAGCUGGAGAGUAAGAAAGAAGCUCUUCUGAUUCUGUCUAAAGAGCUGGACACCUGCCAGCAGGAGCGGGAUCAGUACAAGCUGAUGGCCAACCAGCUCCGAGAGCGGCACCAAGGACUCAAGAAGAAGUACAGAGAGCUCAUUGAUGGAGAUCCCUCUCUGCCUCCUGAGAAAAGGAAUCAAGUGAAUUUAGCCCAGCUGCUGAGAGACUCCAGAGAAAAAAGCAGUCAACUUUCUGAGGAAGUGAAAGAACUGAAACAACGACUGGUGGAAGCUCAAGGCGAUAACAAGCUCCUACGAAUGACCAUCACCAAACAGAGGCUGGGAGACGAGGAGGUUGGCGCUCGACACUUUCCUGCACAUGAACGGGAGGAUUUGGUCAAACAGUUAGAAAGAGCCCGGGAACAGAACGAGGUUCUGGAGCACAGCGUGAAGUCGCUCACAGACGAGCUUCAGGACGUGCGAGCAGAGCGUGACGUUUUUCAGCAGAAGGCUCAUCGUCUCAAUGUGGAAAUGAACCACAUCGUGGGCAAUGAUGAGACACGGAUUUUAGACAUAGAUGCACUCUGCAUGGAGAACAGGUAUUUGCAUCAGCGGUUCGGUCAACUUCAAGAGGAAAUCAACUCACUCAAAACAAACCUGGUGAAGUAUAAGAGUGCCCUGGAGUGUAGGAAAAACUCUAAAAUCUCUGGGAAACAAACAAACAGUAGUGCACUGACUGGGGUGCUCUCUGCUAAACAAGUGAAGGAAUUGUUACUGUCUGAAGAGAACGGCUGCAGUUUGCCGGUGACUCCUCAGUCCAUCUCAGACCUCAAGUCUCUCGCCACAGCUCUUCUGGAAACUAUCCACGAGAAGAACAUGGUGAUUCAGCACCAACGGCAAAUCAACAAGAUUCUUGGAAAUCGAGUAGCAGAGCUGGAGAAGAAACUAAAAACAUUAGAAAUAUCUGGAUUAUGGAGCCUGCCAGGCCUGACUUAUAAUGUGUCUCUGGGAAUAUAUGGAAGAGGAAAAGACACCAUCACCCUGCACACUCAUCAGGAUGAGUCAACACAGUCUCCUGGACACAAAGGUGAUGAAGGGUCAGAAAAGAUAGCUGUCGAUCAGCAGAGCUCCACAGAUGUCCCAAACCAAGGGAGUGGACUACCAGCUGUGUCAGGUGGUCGAGAGGAACUUCAUGAAGAGACGUGCCAGCAGAACCCCUCAUACCAGUCGGAUGAGGAAGAGCUCGGGACACCAGACAGUGAAGAGUGUCAUGACGGUGGUCGAUCGGAGAUCACAAUCGAUUUAACUGCUUUAACGAGUCACCAGUCUGAAGAAGAGGAGUGUCUGAGUGAUUCCCCUCCCACAGUGCCAGAUGUGCCACUUGAACUCUGCCACUUGCAGCAAACUCUAGAGAGGAACUCAGGAGAGGAUGAGUCAGAUGAAUGCACUGACGGGGUGGUAACUGUUGAUACGGAGUGUAUUAUAACAGAGGAAAACAUCAGUAUUGAUAUAUCCACUGCUGCCACUGCGAGUUCUGCCGGAGAGCAGGAGGAUGUUCAGUCAAACCAAGAGACAGAGCUUUCAGAUCAGACAGAUGUUUGUGUUAGUCAGGGAAUCUAAGGAUAAGAAGGAGAUGGAUGAACGAUGCAUUUAUAAUGUGAUGCGACUUUAUUCUUUUUUAUGGAUAAUGAAAAAAAAUCAGGAGCAAGUGACACUAAUGGCCACUACAUUACAAAAUAAUUGCACACUUGUUUGCAGCUUUGAAAUGAUUGUUGUUUUUGUUAACAUAUACCUACAUUUACAUUACUGUAAAUCCAAGAAAUAUCAAAACCAAUUAUUGGGAGACUUCAUGUAGGAUAUUCUCCCUAAUAUAACCCUGUAAAGAUAGUAGGAAUAACUCAUCACACACCUAAAAAAAAUCUUACUGUUAACUUUCAACCGUCACUGAUGAUCUAACUUGUGCUUUCACUUGAUCCAUUUAGAGCCUUGUGUAGUUCCACCUUUUAUUUAAUUUUAUUUUUCUUUAUUUAUUUUUAACUUUAAUUUUAACACAUUUUUGGGGGGGCUUUUAUUGCCCUUAUUUGGUGGUGACAGCUGAAGAGAGAGUGGAUGACAAGCAAGGACUCAGCCCUGGCACAUAGGGCGCCAGCUCCACCAGUGAGCUAUCCGGGCACCCCUAGUUCUACCUUUUUAAACUGAUAAAUGAGAAUACAUGCUCUUAAGUAUGUGGACACCAGAACAUGACACCCAUAUGUGAUUGUUGAACAUUAAUAUGCUGCUAUAACAGCCUGCACUCUACUGGGAUCUUGUUUUUCUACAAGAUUUUAGAACGUGGCAGGAAGUCAGAGGUCUGUGCAGGUCAGUCAAGUUCUUCCAAACCAAACAGGGGAAAAAAGCAUUCCUUUAUUGACCUUGUUUUUGUGUGCGAGGUAUUGUGUUGUUGAAAGAGGAAAGGGUUAUUCCCACACUGUUGCCACAAUAGUUGGAAGUUAUACAGUGUGUAGGUAUCAAAUGUGGAGAAACUGUGAUUUAUGGUGAUUAAAGAAAAGUAGCAAAAAAGUGCUUUGGACUGUGGCUGAUGGCUCUUCGCUCGUAAUUCAGUCUCAGUUGGAGCGAGAACUCUCACGACAGUGAAGGAGAAUGUAGUUUGCGUUACAUUUCUGCUGUCAAAAUUAAGAAGGACAAAUGAAACCAUGAACAGAAAGAUGUUGCUUAAAAAUGAAUUGUUUGUUAGAAACAUUAUUCUUUAUCUUUCUACCUCUGGUCUACUCUUCCCCUUGACUUUAAAGAAACCUACCAUACCUUAAUGUAUUGAUCACUACAUCAACAGACAUUCAACUGCUAAGCACCAACUUUAUUUUGUUUCUCAAAUAUAAUACACACAUUUUCCAAACUUUUUAAUUUCUUUAUUGUGGGACAUUUACUUAUUUGCUGGCAGAUUCUGUCUAGAAGUGACAGUCGCUUAAUUUAAAACUAAACAUCCUUGCACAAGUUUUUAUUUGUAAUUAUGAGCACACAAUAUUAUCAAAGAUAUAUAUAAAAUGCAGCAUGACAGUAUACCAUUAAUUGACUGGAUAUUUCUUUUUUUAAUGCUAAAUGCUUUUUAUUGAAUUCCUUGAGAUGUUUUCAAGACAAAUAUUUGAUGAUUUACAAUAAUUUGUCAGUUGAGGCUGAACAAAAAGAUUUAGUUACGAGUACAUUUACAGAACUUAUUAGUCUGUAACACACUGAAGCCACAACAUCUAGAUUACCAGCACUGAUGUCUUUGUGUUUUUUGUAGUAACAAAUAUUAACUCACCAGAUAGAAAUUACCUAGAGCCGUGUGUAUAUGUGUUGAAUGUGAACAGAAAUGUGUACAAAUUGAUUUAUUUCUGCAAAAUAAAUAGUUUUCAACUA